AUGCAAGCGAAGGAGCUGUUAGCUCAGCAAGAGUCGCCCUCGUUGGUGUCAGUCAAUCCAUCUUUUGGCGGUGGCCCCGACGAGCGGCGAAGUUUGGAUUAUUGGUUGGACCAGACCGGUCCGACAGUGGCCAACUACGGGCCCAACUUCGGUUUCUGGUGCGGCUUGAUUCCCAUGUGGGCAUGGCGGUCGGACAUAAUUCGACAUCUUCUGGUCGCGACGACACUCAGCGACCAACAGCUGGGUCUGUAUCGCACGGCAACAUCAUCAGAUCUCAGCCCCCCGGUGAUCUGGCACUAUCAUGCUGCAAUCCAGAGGAUGGCCACGGCAACACAACCCGACAAAUUCUGUUGGACACCUGCAUCGAUGCUCGCCUGGGUGUUUGAACUGUUGCAAAAGGACUACUCUGCUGCAAAGAUCCAUGUUCAGGCGGCCUCACGCUUGCUGUCGGAGCUAGAGGCGCCAUCGAACAAGCUGGAGAAAUCCAUGUUAGGUCUGCUAACGGAGAUAAAAUCGGUGGUCCAACAUUGUGCAUCAUACACCAAGGCCAUUUGCGAGGACAACUUUGACCUCCUAAAGACUUUGGCCGAUGAGCCCAUCGUCGCUCGUACGGAAGACCUCAUCAUCCCACCUGUUCAAUCGCUGAUCCACGCGAGGGACCUCUUGCUGGACUCAAUUUCGAGGUAUUUGGCGUCUGAGAAGACAGACCACUCUGCUCAAUUGCAGCGACUCUACAUCAAAUCUUGGCUCAAAGCCACGCGGAGUUAUUGCAGCCGCAGCACAAGAGAGCCGCAUGUAUACAAGAAGACAGUGCAACUCUGCUUCAAUCUUGGUAUGGCAUUUCUGCCCGAAAGUGAAGCCGGUACCUUCAGCUGCCAGGCAACUCCGAAUGCCGUCGAGCACCUGCUGGAAGCAUAUGAACGAUUGGUGGUUGAGAAGCAAACGAGAGGGUCUGGACCGGACAACGACAGUAUUGACGAAAUGAUUGUGAUGGCUUUGGAGUUGAUUAUCGGUCAGGUUCACCACGUGCAUCUUCGUGCACGUGCUGCCCUGCUCCUACAGAAGCUGACUGCACACCAUGAGAAGGUCGCAAUUCAUCCGGGUUGGCCAGACGGUACCUUCGAUUGA